AUGCCUGAGGGCGAGAUCUCGCAACGCACGGCGACCGCCGCGCCGUCGGAGACGGCCACGCCGCGCGAGGACUACCCCGGCUUCGGCGACCUCGACCUGUCCGCGGCGAACCGGGCGCCGGCCGCGGCGCCGUCGGGGAUGGACGACAGGGUGACUUCGCUUCGGAUGCUCGAGGCCGCCCUCGCGGCGGCCCAGGGCGAGCGCGACGGGCUCCUCGAGGACGUCGCGGCGGCCCAGGGCGAGCGCGACGCCGCGCUCGCGGACCGCGACGCCGCGAUCCAGGCCCGCGACGCCGCGCUCGCGGACCGCGACGGCGAGAUCCAGGCCCGCGACGCCGCGCUCGCGGAGAUCCAGGACCUCCGGGGCCACCUCGACGACGCGAACGAGGACCGCGACUUCUUCGAGCGCAAGUACGACAAGUACAAGGCGGAGGUCUUCCGCACGCAGUCGUGA